GCUGAUACGGUUAUCUCAACACACCCCCUCAGCAAAGCACGGCAGAGAUUUACGCCCUGCUUGAAGAGGUCAUUCAAUCUUCGCAUUGUCAAAAAGUCGCAACGCUGCCAUUUUCUAUCUCUUGUUGUUGCGAUUUCGGUUUUCCAUCGCUCUGUUGAAGUUGACAUCGUCAUCCGUUUGAUUCAAAACGGAUGUCGCGGUCGCCGAUGACAUGACUGAGCAGGCGCUCGCCGACCGCCUGAAGCUGCUGAAAUCAAAACGGGCGGAAUUAAGCUCAAUUGCGUCUUCGCGUAAACGUAAGCUGCGUGAGCUCUUCGCUAUCGCAGCCGCCGACCGAGAUGGCGUUCCCAACUUCGAUCUAAGCGAUCCCGACGCGCCGCCGACCGCGCCUGCGGAAGAAAAGUUCCUGAACGAAGCCGACAUUCUGCAAGGUUGGCGAUUAAACGAGCACAACAUACCGGCGCGUCGGAAACGGCUGUUUGAUACACAACAGCUUCGUGCGCGGUACGGGCCUACGGCGACCGAGAAGACCACUCGCGAUAUAUCGAACAAAUCGCGGGAGGGCGGGCCACCCUCGUCGAAGCUCCAGAGCGGAGGACCUGACGACCGAGACGUAUACUCUGGAACAAGCAGGAAUGUAGACGACUUGUCGGUUGGUAAAUCGGCUACGGAUGCCAACACCGCGAGCGCCGUGGUUACCGAACAGCAGCAUGGCUACCCCGACAAACUGCAAGCGAAUAAGAAUCUUGUCCAUCCCCAAGACCGGGGCCGGGGCGAUGGCGCUUCCGACGGACGCGACGGGGGCCAGGCACCUCUGGGCAGCAGGACGAUGGUACCGCGCUCGGAAGGUUUGGCCGCAAGUCCCAGGCUGCUUCACGACGACGGACAGAGCGUGAAAGAUGCUGAGGCCACAUCUCUGGAUCAGCGGGUGCCUCUCACUGAUUCUGUGCGCUACGCUGACGCCUUAUCAUCUCCCGGGUCUACUGCGCCGUCAAUGUUGACAUCGGCCGUGCACGAUGCGUCUGCGAAUACCAGCCCUGACAACGACGGACCACAGUACUUGGAGAGGACUGAAGAAGCCCCUCUUCAGGGACUGAAAGAGCGGCCCAUGGUACAGGAAGGGGAACAUGGUGGCGAUACCCAGGUCAUUGCGACUUCGCCCUCGCUGGAAGUGUCGCCUCUAACGACUGUUGAUGGCGUAGAAGCGCAGCUGCUUGAGGAAUCGGUGGCGGCCCAGCUAUCCCAGCCCUCCAGUCGGCCCGCAUCAUAUACAGCUCAUGCACAGCACUCUGAGCCUGCAGGCGAUGCUGUUCUUGCCACCGGCAGUCUCACCAAAGCUGUGGAAGGUGUGGAGGAACGGGCCCAGUCAUCUGUGUUAGGGGAUAGUGCGUCGCAGGUGGCGCACGCUGCAUCUCCCACCGGACAGGCAGAAAACCAGCGGGAUGAUAAGACUACCCCGGAGGUAAAUCGUACCGGUGUUAACAUGCAUGAAAUGAGCAGUGAUAGUAUCGUGGUCCCCAUGGACCUCGACAAACCAGAUAUCGCUGCAUCCCGAGACACGACGACACCAAACGCAUCACAAAACACCACAUCCACCCUGAAAAACAUCCCUUCUCUUCCAGGAGCUGCCGCUAUGGAUCGAACCGGACGAGAUGAGUUACUUAAGAACCCGCCAUCGUCCACAAAUGUACCUGGACCUUCUGCCGAACCGCCCCAAACCUUGGGGCCAGAGACUCCAAGCGUGUCUCGCGCAACCGAGGAGCAGAUCUCCGCACAGAAGGCUUCCUCCGGGGCCCAACUCACACUGCUCGCCCACAAGGCUCGUGAGAAACGACGGAAGAGCGUCCCGACCGUGAUUUUCGGCAAGCAACCUACAAAGUCGAAGCCGAGAGACGAGGGCACAGUUGUUGUCAGCCAGCAACGGCCGGGACAGAUCCCAUCCGAUGACUACUUCACGCCUCUUUUCAUUGAGGGCUUCACUCGGCAAUCAACGUGGAUGAAGCCUAUCGAGAAACUCUUGAACCAGGCCCACAAGACCAUCUCAACCUCGGACCAGUACGUUUCGAUCCUAGACCACCAAGCUUGCAAGAUUUUGCGGCGUGUCUAUCAUCUUCAGCAGCACGACAAAUGGUCAUUGAGGCAGCCGGUACGAUGCCCAGAGCCGGCAAGACCACCGUCUCACUGGGAUAUCGUCCUCAAGGAGAUGAAAUGGAUGCGCACCGAUUUUCGCGAGGAGCGGAAGUGGACGCGAGCGGUUGCGCGAAACCUCGCCUAUGCCUGUGCGGAAUGGGUCCACUCGAGCCCGGCAGAGCGGUUGGCGCUCCAGGUGAAUGCGGUACUUCCGCCACGAUCAGCAGACAGGAUUGCGGGAAGCACGAAUGUCAAUACCACUAGUGCUAUGGACGAAGCGAUGCCGGAUCUCGUUCACACCGAUUCCCCGAUGGAAGCUGAGGAGGAGCCCCCAGAGAUCAUGGUUGAUUCUGCUGCCCCAUCUGCCAUCUUCGCCCUGCACGACGACGAGGUUGUCUUUGCCCUACAGCCCUCGAAAACGGCGGAUCUCCUUCUAGAAAACCUCCCAAUCCAUGGUUCACCACUGCAGGUCCCCAAAUUCGACUUCGUCGGCGCGGAUUACGAUCCAGACGCAAAGUGGAAGCGUCCCGCGGUGCCUCUCAGCAAGUAUGUUGAAGGUGAAAUGGUUCUGACCAACAACACUCCACCCCGCAAGCGCCGUCGAUACGACUAUCUUGCGGAACACGAGGGUGAGGGUGACAUGGUCUUUGAAGAAGACAAGGACAACGGCUCAGAGCUACGGCCCGAAAACACUGCAAUUGCAUUGUUCAGCCCUGAUAUGAAGGGCAUCCGAGAUCGACUCCACGCUGGCCACCAGUUCCGACCACCUACCGAGCACCCUAUGCCCCCUCAGACCUUCUUUGAGUGCCGAACUGCGUCUCAGUGGACGUGGGCUGAGGAUGAGCAGCUCAAGUGCCUUGUCCGCGAGUGCUCAUACAACUGGUCUCUGAUAUCGACAAUGGUAUCGACCCCCUCGGCGUUCGCUUCCGGAGCCGAGCGGCGUACACCCUGGGAGUGCUUUGAGCGAUGGGUUAGUCUCGGCAGCUUGGAAGGCCUGCCAAACGAUAUGGCGAGAACCCCAUAUUUCAAAGCCUACCAAGCUCGGAUCGAUGCGGCGCAGAGAGCCAUUGCGCAGCACAACCAAAAUGUACAGCAGCAAGUGGGACCAAAUGGUGCGGUUACGCCGAUCCCCAGACGGAGACCGACCACGAGCAUACGUGUUGAGCGACGGCGCAACCAGAAGCACCUGGCACUGAUUGAUGCUAUGCGGAAACUGGCGAAGAAGCGAGAAACUGCGGCCCAGAAAGCUCAGCAGGUGGCCAAUCUGGCGGCCAUGCGCAAGGCGAACGAGGUGCCCAGGCAGCAGCAGAUUCAGAACAAGACGCCGCGAGACUAUAGCAUCAUGCGGUGGGAGCGGGACCAGGCGCUCGCGGAGAGAAUGGCUGCAUACGCCGCGCGGCAGGCUGAGGCGAAUGCCAGGAGAUUGCAGCAGAAGCAGAGCAACCCCGGCCAAGCACCGGGUACCCCGGGGGCUGUUCCUGUUCCGCAGGCGGCAGCGCAGCUCGCUGCGGCAAACCCGCUCAACAACGCCGCGCUUCUCAAUGUCCCUGGGCAGCUUGCCAUGGCCGCGCACAAUCGAGUUCCAGGACGAGUUUCGAUACCAGGGACUCCCGGGUCGGUUCCUGCCGCUGUACAAGCGCGACUUGCCGGCGGCCUUGUCCCGCCGCUUCAAAUGGCAGGCAUUCCUCAGGCUCAGCUUCAGGCAAUGCAGGCGGCGGCACAGCAGAGACUUCCAAUGGCCAAUCCUCACCCCGACAUCAACCUGGUGCUUCAAGCACGGUCAAUUCAAAACCAACAACGAGCCGCCAUCCAGCAACUCCAGCAGCAGCAGCAGCAACAGCAGCCAUUGCAGCAACAGCACACUGUCCAGGCACCACCACCACCACCACCACAGCAGCAGCAGCAGCAGCAGCAGCACCAACAGCAACAACAACCCGCCCAGCCACACGCGCAACAACAGGUAGCACAGCAGCAACAGCCGCCGACUGGCCAACAAGCGCAGCAACUGCCCCAAGCGAACGGGGCCCAGGGCUCCCCAACACCGUUGCGUAGCGUGGUCAACGGCCUCAACCAGGGGGCGUUCCUGACGAACGCGCAGGCUAUGGUAGCAUCGUUCAAUGCGGCCAAUGGUGCUAGUUUGGUGACGUCGCCGGGUCCGGGUUUGAGUAUGCCCGCCAUGCCAGGCAGAUCUCCCGGAAUCCUGAGCCAGCAUAUCACACAACGACUUGCGGAGCUGGAGGCGCACUACCGGGCUAAGAACGCAAACCUCCCACCAGAAACAGUGCGGCAGUUGGCAACUGAGCAUCUGGGUCGCCUGAUCGUGCAGAGCCAGCAGCAAGCACAGCAAGCAGCAAUGAACGCGGCCGCAGGAGCGGCAGCACAGCAGCCAAUGAACAGUCCACAUCAGUAUGCUUCACUCCUCCGGGCCCAGCAACAAGCACAGGCCCAGCAGGCGGCCGCCCAACAGGCCGCCCAACAGGCUGCUCAACAACAACAACAAGGGCAGGGGCACCAGAGACAGGCGAGCGGAAGCGCGACGCCGGCUCCGGGCAAGUAGUCGCCGGACACAUUAUUUGUGGUGGUCGCAGGUGGUCAACCAUCCUAGGGAAAGAAAGCUUUUGUCGAUGAUUAGAGAUCGAUCAGCGCCCAGUUUA